AUGGGACUUGAAAUCCGUUCAGAUGGCCAAAAGCCUACUUUUAAUGAUUCUGAGCGUUAUAACCUCUCAGAUGCAAGGGACAUUUUAAACAAUCCUAAUUUCAAAAGUGGUCAAACCCAUUUGUAUAUCCAUGGACAUGGUGAAUUUCAAGGCGACAAUGGUAGUCAUGUUAUUGUUGAAGCUUAUUUGCACCGAAAUGACAUCAAUCUCAUUGCACUCGAUUGGGAUAAGGGAGCUGAAGAGAUAUAUUUUGAAUCUAUCAUAAAUGUCAAAUUGCUGGCUCCUGUAGUAGCUGAUGCAAUUUUGGAUUUAUUUGAGGCUGGUUUGGAUCGUAAAGAUCUGAUGGUGGUUGCACACUCUCUUGGGUCUCAAUUGGCUGGAAGAAUUGGCCGACAAAUUAUAUCAAAAACAAAUGGACAAAUGAAAAUUCAUCGAAUGGCUGUUUUAGAUCCAGCAUUUCCAUUAUACUACCCCAUCAUUUCAACAUCCGUGAAUAAAAACGAUGCAGAUCAUCUUCAAGUUAUUCAUACUGAUAUUUUAACUUAUGGUCAGCCAACAUCUUUGGGUCAUGUUGAUUUUUGGCCAAAUGGUGGAUUACAAGGACAACCUGGAUGUCCAAAUGGAAUAUUGGUUCCAUUUAGUGAAGAAGAUCUUUGUAGUCAUCAGAGAUCAUGGCGUUUUUGGGCAGAGAGUGUUGAAAAUGCUUUAGGAAACAAGAAAAAAUUUUUAGGAUUUCCAGGAAAAAAUUAUGUUACAUUUUUAAUAAAGGGUAAAGACAAUUUGAAGAGUAAACCGGUUUUAAUGGGCGUCGAUUGUCCUUUAAGUGCUAAGGGAGAUUAUUUCUUAAAAACCAAUAGCGAAUAUCCAUUUGCAAUGGGUUUGGAUGGAUAUUAAAGGAAAAUUUAAAAAUAGGUACUCACUGUUACGUGUGUUUGGAA